AUGGCGCGUGCCAAUCGCGCAUCGCCGCCUCCUUCCGCCAUCCUGCGCUCGUCGUCGCGCCGCGUGCGCCUGAUAUUGCUCGUCGCCCUCCUCGCCUCCUCCGCAGCUUCCGCCUCGCAUCCAUCCGACGGCAGCGAUGCCAAUGACGCCUCGCGCUCGAGCAUUGCCGCCGCCGCCGCCGCAGCAGCCGCCGCGGAUGGCAGCAUGGCGGACGCGGGAAUGGGAUUAGGGAUAGCGGAUCGGUUUGUGUCUACUGAGGAUCUCCCGGCGGCGAAUGCGGCGACAGAUGCGGCGACCAAUGCGGCGAGAGAUGCGGCGACUGACGCGGCGGGGCAGGCGAAGUUUGAUCCGAAACUGGCGGGAGUCGAGGAGGAGGAGCGAUUGGUGGACGAGCUGCUGACGUGGCUGGAGGAGAGAGGCGUGACUGGGAUCCGAGGGGAGGAGGCUGCUGUGGAGGUGAGGCGAUGGGGGCUGUGUGGGCUGGGAAGAGGUGGUGCAGUGAGGUACUGGAGAGGGGCGUGUGCUCAUUCCACCUCUGCUGCUUGCAAGCGUGCCGAUUUCCUGCCACACCCUCUUCGCGCCUUCCACUCGCCACAACUCAUGAACAUUUCUGCUCUCUUCUCCCCUGCCGCCCUUACCCUUGCCGGCCUUGCUGCACGCGUGCAGGUAUUUAUAGACGCCAACACCACUCUCAAGGCGUCCGGCAGGUCAAGGGCGAAUCUGGGCAUGGUGGCGCGGCGCCCCAUCGCGGAGGGCGAGGUGUUUCUGUCGCUGCCUCGCUCGCUCGCCAUCUCGGCCCUUCAAGCGCAGGAGGAGGCAAAGCCGUACGAGGGGGAGGUGCAUCCAUUCACGGCGCUGGCGGCGUGGGUGCUGAGGGAGCGGGGCAAGGGGCGCGCGUCCCUGUGGGCGCCGUUCGUGCGCCUGCUGCCCGCCCACCUGCCCUUCCCCCACCUCUUCCGCGAUGAGCUGGUGCCCGAGCUGCAGUAUGACGUCAUGCUGGCUGAGGUCACGGAGCACAAGAAGGCGCUCCUGCAAGAGUACAACAAGUGCCGCCCAGAGGCCAUCGCCAACGCCACCCAGGAGGAAUUCUUCUGGGCGGCAGGGAUCGUCACUUCCCGCAUGUUUGCGUUGAGGCCUGCUGAAGCAGCAGAGCGAGAGGACAAGGGUAAGGAGGGGGAGGGGCAGGGCGAGGAGGAGCGGCAGGAGGCGGACAUAUCGCUGGUGCCAUAUGGGGACCUCUUUGACACUGAUGACGUACCCAUCGCCAUCUGGCAGGACACGGGCAGCAGCAUAGAGUUCACAGCGUUAACGGACAUACCAGCGGGGCAGCACGUGGCGGUGCACUACGGGGAGCUGAGCAACGACGAGGCGCUGGUGAUGCGCGGCAUGGUGCUGGGCGGCAACUACCGCGACCACGUGCACCUCUUCUCCUCGCCGCAGGACGCCCUUCGCUUCCACGUCGACAAGUUCCUGCGCGGCUAUGGCCACACGCUGGAGCGGACGCCCCUGCAGGGCACGUUUGAGCGCGUGGAGGCAGAGCUGCAGAAGCAGGCGGCAGCACCGCAGUACGAGGGUGUGGCGCAGCGCUAUGAGUACCGCAUGGCACCCGGCAGCCCCCUGUCCGCGUGGUUCGGCGGGCGGUUUGACCCGCGCCUGCUGGGCAUCUUCACUGCGCUGCACGCCCUCGUCGUCAACAACCGCAAGCCGGAUCUGAGCCAGGUGGCACAGGUGUCGCUGCUGUACGGGUGGAUGAAGGACCCCAAGACCACCUGCGAUGACCUGGCGCGCCUCGUGGACGAUGACGUGUCGGACGCGGUGCCGCCAGCUGGCAACGUGCUGGUGGAGCGAGGGCAGCAGCUGCUCAAGGAGUUCCCCACCACCCUGGGGGAGGACCUGCACCUGUGGCGCCAGGUCAAUGUGUGCAAGGCGCGGGUGCUGUUCGGGACAGUGGAGCAGAGUAAGGCAGUGGCUGACAGGAGUGGAGGAUUCAUUUUCAUGGGAGGAGAGGCAGGCUAUUGA